AUGCUUUAUGAGAAAUGGAAUCAUCUUGUGGCGAACAUCAACGCUGUCGUGAGCGGGCUUUUUUCGCUGUCUCUCAACGGAUUCAUCAUUGUGGUUAUAUUGAAAGGCAAAUCAACGUCGACUGGAUAUUACAAGUGGAUCAUUAUAUCGACAGCGAUUUUCGAUGUAACAUUCAGUGCGAUAAAUGCUUUUGCUUGUCCGGUAAGUGGGUUCUCAAGAAUGCCUGGUACUGAGAAAUUGUCUAGUCUCCAACACAGUAGACAUGAUCGUGUAGUAAGAAGAAGAGGAGUGUAG